GUCAUGUUCUUGACGUCAGAGAGCCAAACAAUAUUUUUUCACACCUGCUACUGUCUGAGAAAGAUUGCGCUGACUUUGACCUUUGACCUGUGCAGGGAGAGCAUAUGCCAGUCUGGUUCAGAUAAUCUAUGAUCCAGACCACAAUAAUGAGGAAGAAUCUUGUCAGGAUGUGACCUAUAUGUCAGACUGGGACACCUGCUCACUUUAUAAAGUGUUGCACAUAAUCGUUCCUCGCUAUUUUGUCCACUUUCAGUGUACCUUUAAGGUCUUGUUUUAAAGCGUAGAGAGGUUCCUCCGCAGCUUCAUCAAUAUUACACUGCAUGUGCUCCGGAAAAGCAUUCACAUUACUUCAAAGGACACAAGUUGAAGUUCUGAAAGGUGACCUGAGGAUGAGUAUGCUCCUGUGGUGUUUUUUGGUCCUGUUUCUCUGUUCCAGCAGUUUCUCAGUUGUGGAUAAAGCAAGACCAGCAAGGUGGCAUUCAAACCAGAUGCAAGGAAAAAACAUAUUCCGAAACCUCAAAAGGCAUUCCGAUGGGACAUUCACCAGCGACUUCACCCAUUAUCUCGACAGGUUUAAAGCUAAAGAUUUUGUGGAGUGGCUGGCCAGAACCAAACAAGAAGGAUGUCAGGGAGACCUGGUCCAGAUUGCGGCACAGAUUUAAAACAGCGAGGAGAUAACCACAUGUGAUGUACCCAAGCCUCAUGUCAUCCAACCGCAUUAAAAGAAGAUGGAUUUUUUGAAUCCAAAAAUAUUUGUCAGUUGUUUAUGGUGUUCUUAGGAGCUAUGAGCAAUUAACAAAGUGUUCAACUACAGUCCAUCUGCAGUGUUACUGUUAAUAAUGAUACCCACACCACAAUGAGACUCCAUGUUGGAUCAUUUCAAUGUUUUACUUAGUUUUUCUCUACAAUAUGAGUAAAGCAUGAUAAGACAUGGAAAUUAACUUCAGAUAACUAAUAAAGACUGGAAUAUUUUCUGAAUGCAUUUUGAAUUGAACUGUAUACCACUGAUGUUCUU